AUGAUACGCCGGUUGCUGCCGCGUGGCUCGACUUGGAUGCCGCUCGGAUUGCCUCAGGCUACUAUCAAACAGUCUUUCGUGCGACUACGGUCGUCGUACAUACCUCAAUCGAGUGCUAGAGUCAAACGCGUCAAGACUAAAGAAGAGCUGGCGAAGGAAAAGUUAGAAGAACAACUUAAGUCCGACAACCGUUUUGUAAGAUGGGGUGCUAUUGCGAGAACUGAAAAAUUCACAAAGGGGAUGACGAAAUACCUUAUCGGAGCCUACGUGUUCUUCUUGAUAUAUGGUCUAUUCUUCAUGAAGAAAAUGUAUGCAAAGGAAAAAGAACUGGAGAAGCUGGAGGCUAGACAAUUAGAAGGCAGGGCCAACGAAUUCGAAAGUCUACGGAUCAAGGAACUAAGGGGAAAGCUAAGAACCCGAGAUGAGCGGAAAUUGGCACAAUAUCGGGAAAUGCAAUGGGACGAAAACCAGGACUCGUCUCAGUACGACAACAUUACGCUUGAAAAUAAUGAUGAGAACAAAACAAACAAGCAGAUUCUACCCGCUCGUGAUACCACCGAUUUUUACGAUUUCAAGGCUUCCGAAUACGAUGAAGGCGUGAAUUUUGAAGAAAAGGCUAUUUUUAUGGGUAAGAGACGUAAAUGGCUGAUGAAACACUGUCAAGGCGAUGUUUUGGAGACUGCCUGCGGUACAGGAAGAAAUUUGAAAUACGCAGACCUGACGAAAAUUAACUCAAUCACUUUUCUAGACGCUUCUGAAAAGAUGAUGGAGCUCACUCACGACAAAUUUCGCAAGGAGUUUCCGAACUUCAAGAAAGCGGCCUUUGUUGUCGGUAAAGCCGAAAACCUCGUUAAUCUGGCUGCGGGGGGUGAGGGUCAAGGAGUAAACCCUGAGACAAGAGUCAAGUACGAUACCAUUAUAGAGGCUUUCGGCUUGUGUUCUCUAGAAGACCCCGUUAGGGCCUUGCGAAAUUUCGAAAAGCUUUUAAAGCCUGGCGGAAGAAUUGUCUUGCUGGAGCAUGGAAGAGGUACUUACAGCUUCAUCAACAAAAUUUUAGAUGAUAGAGCAGAGAAGCGUCUGGAAACAUGGGGCUGUCGGUGGAAUUUGGAUCUGGGUGAGAUUUUAGAUGACUCUGGAUUGGAAGUCGUCGAGGAAAACAGAACACACCUGGGUACAACUUGGUGCAUUGUUGCCAAAAGGAAAGGAGAUCUCAAGAAGAAUGAGGAAGUCGGGUUUGUCGAGAAGUAUUUCAGCUCGAGCAUUAAGAAAAAAAUCGAAGCUUACGAAAAUACCAGCACUUCUAAUCAGUCAAAUAACGGCAACGUCCCUACCAGUGAUAAAUAG